AUGCAGCCCGGAUUAAAAACAUAUGCAAAUUGUUUUGCCACGACCUCAGCGUCUACAGCCUUUCGCAUUCAGGGGAGAGCUGGGGGGAACUGCGGGGAGCUGGGGGGAGCUACGGGGAGCUGGGGGGAGACGCGGGGAGCUGGGGAGAGCUGCGGGGAGCUGGGGGGAGCUGCGGGGUGCUGGGGGGAGCUGGAGCGGCAGGAGAGGAUGCUGAUGAUGAAGCGCAAGAACAUGGAGCGCGAGGAGAAGGAGGGCCGCCCGUCAGCGCGCCAGAGGCGAGCCGCUGACGGCGCUGGCGCUGGAUUCGGUGGUGGUGGCGGUGGGGGUGGUGGUGGGGGUGGGGGUAAUGGGUACCAUGGGGAGGGUGGCGGGUCGGAGCACCGAGCGUCUGGGGGUCAGAGGAGGCCGUCCUGUGGGCCCCUACCUGAUGGGUGGCUGGACUGCCCGUCUAUGGGCGAGGCCAUUGGGCUGCUCAUCCCCUCCAAGGCACCGCUGGGGGAGGCGUUCCGAGAGCUGGUGGAGCCGGGCAAGCGGUGGACCCCGGAGGUGGCUCUCCGGCACACACGUAGCAUGAAGAAAGACGUGGGGAUGGUGGUCGACCUGACCAACACCACGCGCUACUACAAUCCAAAAGACUGGGCCAAACUCAACGUGAAAUACGUCAAGCUGGCCUGCAGGGGGCGAGACGAGGUACCAGACGAUGAGACGGUCAACCGCUUUGUCUAUGUGGCGCUGGACUACAUGCGCGCGACAGAACGCAAGAAGAGCAUCAUUGUGCACUGCACGCACGGGCACAACCGCACGGGCUUCAUGAUCGUCCACUUGCUCAUGCGCGCCAUGGGGGGCCACGUGGCAGAGAGGCUAGCGGAAUUCGCAGAGGCGCGCCCUCCAGGAAUAUACAAGGAGGAGUACAUUCAAUCGCUCUUCACCUUCUACCACGAGCGGCGCCCCGAGGCGGUGAUCUGCCCGCCCACGCCCGAGUGGAAGGCCACCUUUGACCUGGACCUCGAUCUCAACGUGGCCUUAGAGAUGGACGAGGAGGACGCGGGUGGGGGCUCAGGCGGUGGUGGUGGCGAUGAUGGAAAUGAGGAGUGUGGCGCUGCUGUGCUGCCAGAGCCGGAGGCGGGCAAGGAGGAGGAGGGCAAGAAGAAGAUGACGAUUGACGAUGUGCUGGGGUCGGCAAUACCGGAGGAGCAGCAGUGGGAGCUGCAGCAGCUCGUGUGCACGGGACUCAAGUCGAACAAUUUUCGGCACUUCCCCGGCUCGCAACCAGUCUCACUGGAUCUCAAGAAUCUGCAGCUGCUGCGGCAGCGGCUGUACUAUGUGACAUGGAAGGCCGAUGGCACGCGCUACAUGAUGCUCAUCUGCCCUGACGGCUGCUACCUCAUCGACAGAAACUUCCGGUUUCGGCGAGUGCAAAUGAGGUUUCCCGCGCGCAAGCACCUGCAGCACAAGCCGGUGGACGACUGGGACGUGCACCGCACCACACUGCUGGACGGCGAGAUGGUGGUGGAUGAGCUGCCCGGCACUGACGUGCAGGAGCGGCGCUACCUCAUCUAUGAUCUCAUGAUGCUUGACAGCGUGCCGCUGGGAGAUAGACCAUUCGCGGAGCGGUUUGAGCUGAUAGAGAGGGAGGUGGUGGCGCCGCGCAAGAUGGAUGCAGCCAUGAACCCCCUUUAUGACUACAGCCUGGAGGACUUCAAGGUGCGGCGCAAGGACUUCUACAUGCUGAGCACAGUGGGCAAGCUGCUGCACGACUUCAUCCCCAAGCUCAGCCACGAGUCCGAUGGACUCAUCCUGCAGGGGUGGAACGAUGCAUAUGUGCCACGCACGCACGAGGGCCUGCUUAAGUGGAAGUAUGCUCACAUGAACUCCGUUGACUUCUGCCUCAAGAAAUCACCGGAGGGCAAGUGGGUGCUGCUGCUGUCCGACAGGAAGACGCUGCGAGCGCUACCAGCAGCCAAGUUCACCCACCCUGGCAUGAGUGAGGAGGAGGCGAAGGAGCUGGAGGGGAAGAUAGUGGAGUGCUGCUGGAAGAAGGACGAGGCCGAGUGGGAGUUCAUGCGCGUGCGCACUGACAAGGAGCACCCCAACGCAUGGCACACGUACCUCAAGGUGAUGGAGAGCAUCCGAGACAACAUCACGGAGGAGGUGCUGCUGAAGGAGGUGCAGCACAUCCGCAGCCUGCCCGUGUACGAGGAGCACGAGAAGAGCGAGAUGCGCCGCCUGCAGCAGCAGCGCCGCCACCCCCACCCCCACCCCCAUCCCCACCAGCGACACCAUCAGCAGCAGCACCGGCAUCCGCCCCACCCCCAGCAGCAUCAGCAUCAGCAUCACCAGCAGCAACAGCAGCAUCACGAGCAGCAGAAAAGGUAA